CUCCUCGGGUCUGGCCAGCAGCUCUGAGAUCUCCCCUGCCACACCCGAUUCAGAGAGUGCAGGCUGGUCUGCCUGGGAGCGCCGCCUCAGUCCCGGUGAGUUUGGGAGCAAGGUGCGGCGCUACUGGAGCUCAGAAGAGAGUGGAUUCGUGGAGGGCCUUGAGGCUCCUGUGGACAACACACACUCCCACCUUUCACCUGUGCAUGAGAUCAAGGAAAAAGAGAACUCGGAAAGCAGCACCUCCACCCCUCUACACACCAGCAGCUUGGCAAGCCCCAACAACAACACCACUACCAACAAGAACAAUACCAACAACAAUAACAACAGUAACAAGAACAUAAACAGCUACAACAAUACUCUUGUCAUGGGCAACAAGACCAGCUCAUUGAAUGACAACAGCUGGUCUACCUCCACCACCACCACCACCACAACCACCCCCAGUACCACCCCAGACACUGCCUCUGGAACUUCCUCUGCUCUGGGGCCUAAGCUUGAGCUGUUGAAGUAUGCCAGCACUGAGUGGCAAGGCAACACCCCCAAGGCUCAAAUCAUCAAGCAGGGUUAUUCAGCCAUUCCUGCAGAGCUUAACUUCAGGUACCUACGACAAGUUAGAGGUGACAACUACUGUGGUGUGCGUGCAGCCUUGUACCAAGUGUUAGCACAAGGCAUUGCUGUGCCCAAUGGCCAUACCACACACUCCCGCCUUGCCUUAGAGCUCACCCAGGGCGCCACAUGGCUCAGGGAGUGGACCUUUGGCCACCGCCUCAGCUACACCAGGGAAGAAGUCCUCAAUGGAUUCCUUGAUUGUCUGGAUGCCUUAGACAGCCUGGUUAUGAACCUGAUGGGCUGUGAAAACCGUGAGUGUGUGGUGUUGGCGCGGCUAAACCAGGACCCAUUGUUGGAUGUGCGCCUGUGUGAGGCUGUUAAGCUACAUAUGUUAGCAGCUGCCCUCGACCUGCAUGCUGCCAAUGUAAACGGGGAGAGUGUGCCACUCUUUGCCAUGAUCAUGUUUGCCCGACACUCCUCGCUAACCCCUCGAGACCUUCUGAGGAACCACUUGAACCCAGUGGGUGACACAGCAGGCUUAGAGCAGGAUCAGCACAAGGUGGAGAUGUUCCUGCUGGGCCACACACUGGGGGUCACACUACAGGUCGUGCGGCCAGCCAGCUACGGUCGAGAUGAUUUCAUCUGUUACUACCCUGAUGCGAACAUUGGUGUGUGGCCUGAGGUGACACUAGUGGCUGAAGAUGACCGCCACUACAAUGUUCUUGUCAAGUAGGAGACCAAUAAGGAAUAGUGGUAUGGUAGUGACCUCCACUGCACAGACAACAGCUGUCUCCUGGCACUUCCUAAGAGGCAGCAUUGAUAUCAGGCACACACAGUCUUCAGGGAGCAGCAAAAGGUGGUGGCCGGUGCCUGGUAUGAGCCAGUAACUCAGUCUGACACAGCUUCUUAUGUGCAAGAAACUAGGUGGCUCUGUUUCAGUAUGUCUGUUGUUUUACGUUAUUUCCAUCUCUCAUAAGGGUCAAAAGAUUUAUAGUGAAAAAGUAUAUAUAUAUAUAUAUAUAUAUAUAUA